CAACAGUUCAGUCUCACUGAUAAAGCAACAAAAACUUCAAGCUUGAGUGGAGGACAAACUUUUUCUACGAGCUUUGACCUCUGGUAGCUUUUUUUAACUUAUGGAACAACUAGACAUUUGGUUUGGAAUAACAGCCUCCCUUACCAUGUGUGCAGACAACUCCACCCUGUUGGAGGCGGUUCUCUACGGCCAUCCACCAUGCGAUGGCUGGACCAACAACACAGAGGGGGCCUUCUACCACCUGGGCAACACCGUCUUGUUCCUGGGGUACAUGGGAGGCAGCGGCGCCUAUGGCUGCCUGUUCAUAUUUGGUUUCCAGAUGCUUGCCUUCACCUGCCUGGCCCUGUGGGGCUGGAUGACCAUGUGUGGGGUGGACGUGUUUUCCUGGAACUUGCUACUGCUGGUGGCCUGUGUGCUCCAGAUCUGCCACCUCAUAUACAGGCUGCAACAGGAUGGCCUGACCAGCGAGGAGCUGUCGGCCCUCUACUCAGCCGUCUACCGGCCCAUGGACGUUCCCGUACAGGUGUUCAAAGACAUUGUGGGUGCCUGUGAGAACAAAGUGCUGCCACUAGGGGUAGUGGAGAUGUACGCGUGGAGGGCAAGACACCCAUCGAGUGAGGGAAAAGUGAUCCGUGUGUCUCUGGAUGGACAGUUCCUCCAUUACAUCUUCCCCCACAAGUUCAUGGACUCUCCUGAGUGGGAGUCUCUCCAACCCAAUGAAGAGGGGAACUUUCAGAUGACCCUGACGGCGGAGAUGGACUGCCGCUACAUCUCAUGGCGCCAGCGCCGCCUUUACAUGCUUCUGUCCAAGGAACGCUACAUUGCCCGCCUCUUCUCUGUCAUGCUGGGCAGCGACAUCGCCGACAAGCUCUACUCACUCAACGACAAGCUCUUCGCCAAGAGCGGCGUGCGCCUCAACAUCCGCCUGCCCAGCCUCUACCAGGUCCUGGCCCCCUCCUCCCCAGGCAACGAGGGGGAGGUCUGUAACGGCAGUGGUAGUGGGAGUGCCAGGGACCAGGUAGCCCCAGUGAAGCAGAUAGAGCAUGGCGUUUGCAACGCCAGGGUUGUCAACAAAGAGGUCAAACCAGUAAUCCAGCCAUUGCGGAGGGUUCCGCUGACCCUUCGGUUGUCCAUUGACAAGGGACUUCACAACCUCCUGGAGGAUGACAUCAUCGAGCCGAUUGACGCCUCGCCAUGGGUCUCAAACCUGGUCGUUGUGCCCAAGAAAAAUGGUGAUCUUCGGAUCUGCAUGGACCUCAGGGCCGUGAACAAAUCGAUUAUUCCCGACAAGUACCCGCUACCAACCGCUGAGGAGAUCACAACCCAUUUUUAUGAGUCCACGGUAUUCAGCAAACUAGACCUGAGGCAGGGAUACCUCAAGGUUCCCCUGGCACAUGAGAGUCGAGAUCUCACUGCUUUCAUAACACACAGGGGCCUGUUCAUGUACAAAUGCAUGCCAUUCAGACUCAGCUCCGCACCCAGCUGUUUCCAGAAGAUUAUGACUCUUCUCCUGGCAGGCAUCCCUGGAGUGUCAAUCUAUCUGGAUGACAUUGUGGUGCAUGGUGCAUCACAGACAGAGCACGAUUCUCGCUUGCAGCAGGUGUUUCGUCAGCUCUUCAAGAACGGGGCCAGACUCAACACUGAAAAGUGUGUGUCCGGGGUAUCAGAUGUUGAGUUCCUUGGAUACAGCCUCUCCAGACAGGGCAUCAACCCCAUCCUGUCCCAUGUGGAUGCCAUUCUCACGUUGACUGAGCCUCAGUCCGCAGUACAGCUGGCGUCGUUCCUUGGCAUGGCAACAUACUACUUACGGUUUCUUCCAAACUAUGCUGAGACAACCGCUCCUCUUCGACGGCUCUGA